AUGUUGGAUACAUUACCAAGCUACGAAGAAAUUAAGAAUAUCAUUUUUCAAAUGAAUCCAGAAAGUUCUGCUGGUCCUGAUAGUUUUUCUGGUAUUUUCUACAGAACUUGUUGGGAAAUUAUUUGUACUGAUUUAGUGGCAGCAAUUCAAUUUUGUUGGAAAAGGAGAUUCAUACCAAGAGGACUGAACUCUAAUUUCCUUGUUCUUCUUCCUAAAUGUCAAGGAGCAAAAAAGGCAAACCAAUUUAGACCAAUUGGUUUAAGCAAUGUGCUUUUUAAAAUCUUCACUAAAAUCAUUACGGUAAGGAUGAAUAGUCUUCUUGUGAAGUUGAUACCUCCACAAAAAGCAGCUUACAACAAAGGUAGGAGUAUUCGUGAGCAAAUUCUGCUUGCCUCUGAGACGGUAAAUGAAGUGAAAAGAAAAAGAAGAGGAGGUAAUGUAGCUUUCAAACUUGAUAUCUAUCAAGCCUAUGACUCUUUAUGGUUAAUGGUGGACCGUGGAUUUUUUUCAAUGGAAAGAGGCUUAAAACAGGGUGAUCCAUUAUCAGCACUUCUUUUUGUUUUGAUGGAAGAUGUUCUUAGCAGAAACAUUUCUCAGUUAGUGAAUCAAGAUAAGAAAUCUUUAAACAGUUUAUUCACAUUGCCUGAUGAAUAUCAAGCUAGUUCAGGUCAACUAAUCAAUAAGGACAAAAGAGUAAUUUUAGCUCCUGGAAGAGUAACUUCAGCAAUGAUCUGGCAUGUGGUAGAAAUGAUUCAACACAGACUAGCUAAAUGGAAAGGAAGAUUGUUAUCUUUUGCUGAAAGAUUAGUACUUUUCAAAUCAGUGUUAUGUAGUAUUCCACUAUACAAUAUGACUGUUUAUAGAUUGCCUGCUUCAGUCAUUAAAAUUUUUGAAAAACUUAUUAGGAAUUUUCUAUGGCCUGGCAACAGUGAAGUUAGAAAAUUCAAAACAUUAUCUUGGAAGAAGGUUUGCACUCCAUACAAUGAAGGAGGUCUUGGUAUUAGAAGAUUGGAAAUUAUUAAAAAGGCUUUUAUUAUGAAAAUAAUGUGGAAAAUGGUAAAUUCUCAAGGGCAAUGGGCUCUCUUCUUUGCAGCUAAAUUGAAGAAUAAACAAGGUCAGUGGUUUGAAAAAUGGAAACCAUCUUCUGUUUAUUCAGGACUUAAAUGGGCUUGGUCAUCUCUGAAAGAUGAUAUUAAGUGGAAUGUUGGUGAUGGUGCUGGGAUUACAGUAUGGUUUGAUUCAUGGUAUGAAACAUAUCCCAUGAUAAAUGAAAUUGGAUAUUCUGAUAUCGUUAAAAACAAUCUGCAUAUGGAAGUAAAGGAUAUGAUAAAAGGCAAUCAAUGGGAAAUUCCCAUUGAAUUGCAAUCUGUUUUUCUCAUUAGAAACUUGCCUGCAAUUGAUGGUGGAGCUGACAACAUAACAUGGAAUGGAAGUACAAAUGGGUAUUUACUACAUCAAUGGCAGUAG